AUGAUGUUUGCUAUGAAAUUAAACAAGUUCCUUGUAUUGGAGCUAUCUAGCAGCAAUCCUUUUUAUUUGAAUUGCCAGCUGUAUGGAAAAUCUGAUCACUGCCUUGUCCUGCUGAAUAACUGCUUAGCCAAGGUGGGCAGGAGUGAAGAAGUGGCUUUCCUAAAGCCGUACCUGGAGAUGGCUUUCAGCAAAAGGUCCUUUCGCAACGGCGUUGGAUCGGGAAUUAAAAAAACUUCCUUUCGAAGAGCAAAGUCAUAA